CUUUCCAACACUGCAGCGGGUCGCAUAUGUAACCGCUGUGAAUUAUUUCUUAUUUUCCAUAGAAAUACCCUUCAAACUGAAUUAAAAAGAUGGCAGCCAGUGGAAAAGCGUUGGUGGGCUCGGGGCUCUGCCAAAAACUCACCCAAUUCACGAGGAACCUGUACUCGCAGCCGGCACUCCUGUCCAGUUUCCGCUCCUCCCGCCAGGUUCAGGAGCUGGAAAAGUAUCCCGAGGUGGAGGUAGUGGCCAAUCCGCCCGAGUGGCGUUUCGUAGAACGCCUACUACCGUCAGAGACGGUGCCACAGCCGGUGGCCCAGAAGGAUUACCCCUCUGGCUGGCGACCGCAAACGGAGGACGGCUCCAAGGCGGGCUAUUUCGUGGCCAGGACCAAGAACCACAUGGUACCGGUCUAUCUGCACACCCGGUUUCGCGGCCAGCGCAGAAUUACAGUGGUGCGCCGCGUCCAAGGCGAUAUCUGGGCCCUGGAGAAGGAUCUGCGAUCGGUGGUGGAGAAGUCGCGGAGUGGAAAACUGUGUGCCACGCGGGUCAACGAACUAAGUGGCCAGAUCCACAUUCACGGCGACCAUGUGGACCUCCUCAGGGACUACCUCAAGGAGAGGGGCUUCUGAAACUACCUUGUUACCCGAAUCGUGCUUUAAUAAACCUCCAUACUGUUCUUUCAAUUUAAAA